AUGUUCAGGCGACAUCCCGAAGAGCAUCUACACCUGCGGCUCCACCGCGCCCGCUCCGUCGUCCUCACCACCGACGAGAUCGUCGAAAUCCGCGCCGCCCAGCGCACCUACGAGGGGGCCUACAUGCGCACCGCCCUCGGCCAGUUCUCCUUUGCCCUCGUCAUCCUCAAAAUCUUCACCCGCGAGUUCUACCCCAUCGGCGCCCUCCUCGCCGCCUACGCCGCCGCCAUCCUCCUCGUCGCCAUCCAUCGCCGCCACCAGGGCCAUCGCCAGUUCUUCACCGCAGAGUCCCCCGACGGCCACGUCCGCCGCAAGUUCAAGACCAGCGGCGACACCGUCGUCCUCAUGACCGCCCUGAGCCUCGCCUUCUACGCCACCCUGCUGGUCCUGACAUGGCGCCUCGUUGCCUAG